GUUUUUAAAACCAAUUAUGUUCAUGGUCAUCCCGUAGCAUUUUCCGAAUUUUGUGACGUGUACAUUAUGAUGGCGCAGCUCCAAGUGACUCAACACGACGAAAAUGACAAGCCACGGACAGAAAUUCAAGAAGAAUUAAAAGACAUAGAAAUUGACUUCGCCCAGUUAAAGAACCAAGUGCAUCGAGAACGAAUCCAAGAGCUUGAUAAAGAAAUUGAAUCAAUAAAUCAAGGAAUUCAUCCGGAGCAAAUAUUGCGUAUGGAAGAAAUUGAUAAAAAACGCCUAAGACGUUUAGAGAUCACAGCCUUACGGAAGAAAUAUCAGGAAUUGCAUUGCCAAAAGCAACACGAUGAAGCUAGGCAUAGGGCCGAUUAUCAAUUUAUGGCAGACAUUCGAGCAUUACGAAAGCAGAUAUUGGAAGAUUUGGAAAGACAAAAAUAUAGAUUGGUAAAAGAAAAAAAUAAGUUAGAUGAUGUGAAUUUAGAGCACACGACAGUUGAUCAAAUAUAUUUGAAGCAAGUUCAAGAGCAGUGGCUAAACACAUUAUCAGAAUUUAAAUAUAUACAAGAAAAUCACGUUUUAGAGACAUUGAAGGCGGACGAGAUUGAAGAUGAUUUAGCGCUGAUGGGAAUUAUAAGAGAAGAAGAAUUCCAAGUUCUGGCCCCGUCCUCAUCAUCUUCGUCUCCUCAAAUGAGCACAAUAUCAAGACCAAACAUAUGCGAUAAUAAUAACAAUCCUUUUCUUUCGCAGGAAGAUCAUGAUGUCUACUCUUCAGGAGAUCGUCUAUAUUUCGGACAGUGCUUUAAGAAGGGAGACGCGGUUCUCGUAAUUGAUUCUACGUCUGGUCGGUAUACAGCAAAAUUUUUGUCUGCGACAGAUUCUGAGGUGGUAAUACAACGACCUGAUGGCUCAAAAACGAGACUUCAAAUGAGCUUGCUGAAAGAAGGCAAAUAUCAGAUACACUUAAAAGACUCAUAG